AAAUAAAUAUUCUAACAAACUGGAAACUAAACCUUGCCAUUGUUGAUGAGCCCAGCAAGAACACAAGGAGCAUGGAGCAGGGUGGUGACAAAAUAUAUGACGACUUCUUCAACGGCUUGCGCAGCAACAAUGGCCCACGGAACCUGAGCCAGAUUUUCGAGGAUGAUGUCAAGCCGCUGCAGAAUGAGUCCCGCAACAUGCGGUACCAACCAUCGUCGGUACUGAAGCACCAGCAGCGACAGCAACAUAAAAUUGAAAACAAAGAAAAGCCCAAGUCCGCUCUAAGCCAGAAGUGGAAUGUGGAGCCCGGCGUUUGGACCACUGUGAUAGCCAAGGUGGCGCACGCGUUCAGUGGCAGCAAUAAUAUGGGGCGCGUGGGCGUGGCACUUUCCCUGCACGGCGAUGGAAUCGCCAAGUUAAUUCUAUACAAGACAAAGAGCAAUGUGCUAGCCAGCGUGGUGCUAACGGAGGCGACCGCAUCUGUGAUUGAGCGCGAGUCCUACAUACAGUUUUACGCUGAUGACAAGCGCUUUUGGAGCCUGCGCUUCGACCUGGACGCGGAUGAGCAGGAUAUUAUCAAGGCGUUGCGCAAGUACGAUCUGCCAUUAACGUGUGACAGUGCCGCUUCCAGCUGUAGCUCGUCCUCGAUCUCCGAUCAAGACAAUAAGCCGGAGGCAAAUGUCAAAAAGAAGUCGACAACGCCGCAGCUUCAACUGCAGCCUCCCCAGCCACAGCCUCGGUCCCGUCUUGGUCCGAAUGUAAGCAAAACACAUCGCCCGUCCGAGGAGCGUCCAUUGGCAGACGAUGUUUUAAUGACACCGGUGCCGCGCGCCAUUGGGCUCAGUCGCAGCGGCAACUUGUUGCCGGUACGUCCAAACGAAGAGGAGAUUCACGAAAGCCUAAUAGUAUCCAAGAGGCUGGGGGACUCUGGCAACGAGAUGGACAAGAAAAUGGACACCAUACUGCAGGCGAUGCAUCUAUUGGUAAGCGGCGCUAGCAGCAGUACACAACUGAAUGAGAAGCAUCAGAUCACAAUGGUCGCCGGUUCGGAGAACUCGCAUGAAAGUGAGGACGAGCUGAUCGAGCUGGAGCAGAAGUUACUCAAUCUGAAGCGCGAGAAUCGCACACUUGUGAAGAGCCUCCGGGCCAAAGAGCAGGCGCUGGAAGAGUUGCGUACGACCAGCAGUGCUCUCGGCGAGCAAAACAAAGAGCUAAAACAGCAGAACACUGCUCUACUGGCGGCCAUGGCCAGCAAGGCGUACGAACAGGCCAACAGUACCUCCACUAGCUGCCUCAAUUGCGAGCAAUCCGCGAGCCUCAUAUCUGUGCUCAAGCGUCAGGUGGCGGCUCUACAGAGUGCCAUGGAGACGACGGCUUGAGCAGAUGCCGCUGGUGGUCACAGAAACAGACAUUAGAGAGAUCAAGCAAUGCUAUAUUUUCGUAUUAUGUUUUCCAAUGUAUUAAGCGUGCUUUUAGGAUAACGAUUCGUGUAUCCUUAUCCCCAUCAAAUAGAAUAUAUUUAUAUAUACACUAAGAGAAA